AUGACUAAGUCGACCGUGCUGGGCAUACACCUCGACUCUGGGGUCCCAACUGGGAGCUCUACUUACACCACCGUCGUGGUAUUUCACGGCUACGCGUGCCAUGGGGGAAUAUUCGCCAAACUCAUUCCCUUGGCGCCCUCUCACAAUGCACGGAUCGUUGUCGUCAACCGGCGCGACUACCCCGGAUCCCAGCCUUACUCGGACAUCGAUCUUAAAGGGCUCCGAAACGGCAAUGCUGCUCUUAAGGACGGCGAUCAGGAGAAGGCUCGCGCGCUCAUCGCCGCCUUCAUGCGAGCGCGAGCACGAGAAGUGUACGACUUCCUGGCAGACUUGAUCGAGGGGGGUGACGUCCGCGAGGCGCAGCCGAAGAAGAACGCCGGCGGGCUCGUCGUCGUCGGAUGGUCGUUCGCCACCGUGUGGAUGACUGCGCUGCUCGCGCACGUCGCCGAGUUUGAGACUGUCGCCGCCCCUCUCUCCAAGUAUAUGCGUAGGGUGGUGAUUCUGGACGGGCCGUACCACGUUCUCGGCUACCAGCCCCCAGGAACGAACAUAUACAACCCCCUCUGGGACCCGGACGCCACCGUCGAGGACUUCGCGUUCUGGGUCAGCGGCUACUACCGGCACGGCGACACGGAGGGCACGCUCGAGGGCCGCACUCCACUCAAGAGCCCGGCUCCCACACUCAUGACGCUUACGGACGAAGAGCGCGCUUCGACGCUCUUUCCCAGCCCCAGCGAUCCAGAUGGGUCGGACCAGAUGCUCCUGGUCGGCGGGAGGGCCUCGGGCGUCUUUUCGGAUUUACGCAAAGCCGCGUUCGCGUUGCCGCCGACGGGCAAGAACGGCGCCGUGCGGAAGGACGUGGAGAUAAGGUGUGUCUGGUGCGAUGCGUCGAUCUGGGAAAUGGUGUGGGCGAGGUGGAAGAUGGAGGAAGAGCUGCAAGCCGCGAAGGAGACGAGGAUAUCGAUGCGGGAAGUGGAGAGCGUGCGCUUGGCGGGGUGCAAUCACUUUGUGGGUGGUAUUGCUGUUGCACGCUGCAUGGUAUGCUGA